AUGAACCGCCGUAUCCGCCGCCGAUCCACCACCACCUCCUCCUUCCUCCGCUACCUAAAGCCCGGCGCCCUCGCUCAACUCCGCGACUCCAAAAUCAUCGCCAAAACUCACCACCGCUCUUCCGAUUCUCAGAUCUAUCUCUCUCGCACUCUUUCACCACAGGUUUCUUCUUCUCCGUCGAGAUCUCCUUCCGCAGCCGUUUCUACUCAACAACCUGACGACACCACCACUAUCGCCGCCGCCGUUGACGGCGGCUCUCCGUUCUUUCCGGUGAGGUUUUACGGUCCGAGGUGUCCGCAGAGGAAGAAGCUUAUGGCUGCUAGAUCUAUCUGUUUUCUAAACCCUAGCUCUACUGUUGUGACGUCAGAUGGUCCUGAACCGGUUAUUGAUGGUUUUAGUAGUGAUUUUGUUGUUGCUCAUUGA